CGACAGCGGCGUUAAUGGAGCCAAGAAAAGGCCAAACAACAUAAAUAAAUAAAUAAAUAUACAUAUGAAGUGUAGAACAAGGAUAUCAGAUUUAGAAAAGAAAAUAAAUAAAGGAGAGGAGUGAACAGACUAAAAUCCAAAACAAAGAAAAAAAGAGCAGAAAGAUAGAUAGGAUUAAAGAAACAUCAUAAAGACGUUUGGUUUACCUCGAAAUGCAAGUUUUGAAACUGAAAGAAGAGUUUGGCAGACACGUGGUAUUUGUCUGAUUCUCAAAGCCCCUCCACAUGAUGUCCCCAUUUCCCCUACUCAUCACUUUAUUCUGUUAAAGGGUCAAAGAAAAACACAACAUACUCACCCAUUUUCACGCUUUGCACAAAGAAUCUGGUCAGUUCUUGAUUUUUCAAGGUGGGAUUUUUGUGAGAUGGGGAAGAAAAGGGCUUUGCCGAAUUGGCUACCUGAUGGGUGGAAGGUUGAGGUCAAAGCAAGCAAACAAGGAAAGAAAGAGAAGUGGUAUUGUGAUCCCUCAAAAGGACUCAAAUUCUGCUCCAAGGCGAACGUUCUUCGUUAUCUUGGUAGUGUUGACAGUAAUUGUUCGAAGAGUUCCGAUACAAAUGAAAUGGAGAAAAAAGGCACUGAAAAGUUUUUUACUGAAAAGGAUGCAUCAGAAGGGUUGCCACCAGGAUGGAUUAAGGAAUUGAAGGUCAGGAGAAAGGGGCGCAAAAUCAGGAAAGAUCCGUAUUAUAUUGACCCUGUCAGUGGACAAACUUUCCGCUCUAUGAAGCAAGUUUCUCUGUUCCUUGAAACUAGAGAGUCAGGAAGUUCUGAAUCCAAGACUGGAGAUCAAUGUCCUGGUACAUCAGAACUGGGAGAACCUUUUUCUUCUGAAACAAACUUCACGACCUCCCUUUAUCAUAAUCAUUUGAAACCGUUCAUUUGUAAUCCCAUUGCAUACAGGUUGCCUGCUGAAGCUGACAAGCAGAAUACGCUAGAGAGUGAUGCAUCUGGCAAGGAAGUUUCAAAUCAGAAGCUGAAGUUGAGUGCUGAACAUACGAGGCAUUCUAGUUGUGUAGAAGGCGGUUUGUCAUCCUUUGAAGGUGUAGGAGAUGCUGUACCAGAGAAGACGGAAGAGGAGGAUGACGGUAAAGCAGUCUCAGAUCCUUCAAGUGGAGAACAUCAAGAAAUGGAAGAUGAUGGUAAAGUUGUCUCAGAUCCUGCAAACAGAGAACAUCAAGAAAAGGAGGAUGACAGUAAAUUUGUCUCAGAUCCUGCAAAUGGAGAACAUCAAGAAAAGAAAGAUGUUGGUAAAGUUGUUUCAGAUCCUGUAAGUGGAGAAAAUCAAGAAAAGCCAUCACGAGAUGGAGUGGAAAAGUAUGACUGGAAAACAAUUCAGCGUAAAAGAAAAAAGGGUUUGAAUGUGCCUCGCAGAGCAUCAAAACGGCUUGCUGGUAUUAAAGCUGAUACAUCUCUUCAGCUCCAAACAAAUAAUCAAGCCCAUCUAGCUCCAGUAAGACAGGUGGAGGAGACACAAGCUGCCACCACUGAUAAGCAUGUUGCAACUGCAGUAACUGGUAUUACCAUCAGUGAGAAGGUAGAAACUGGGAAUCUGACCAUUAAAGGACAAGAAGAUCGUGUUACUUCACCACUAAAGCAGCGAGAGCAGCCUUCUCCAGCCGAACCUGCAAAAGCUGUCUUUGCUAGCUGUGAAGGCGAUAAGAAAGUUGAAACAGCUCUUGAGUCGUCUUUAAGUGAUCUUUGGACGGAUCCUUGCAUAGAAUUUGCAAUAAAAACUCUAACCGGCACAAUUCCACUCAUAAAUGACAAGAAAGCGGAUGAGAUCCCGGAUUCUAAUCCGAGUAGGCCCUCAAUUAAUACUCCUUCCUCUGUGGGCUUACCUUCUGAUGAAAUAUGGGCAGAUCCUUGCUUCAUGUUUGCGGUCAAGACUCUUACUGGUGAAAUACCAAUAGGGGACGACGUAUGCUCUCAGAAGAUAGUCCAGAAGCAAAGCACUUCAUCACAAUUCCAAGGAAACAAUGGGUUAGUGUUACCAAACAUCAGAUUUGAAGAGUUUGGCCAGCCCUCACAUUUCAGAGCACCAGAAAUGUCUUUAUACAAGAAACAGCCUGCAGUAGCCCCAAAUGCAUACCAGAAUUGUUGGUUCGGAAAAUUUGGUUCUCAUCGGCCUCCACCACUUUGUUGAGAAAGAUUAUGAUAGAUUGUAACCUAGCUUAGGAAGUUCAACCUAGCUUGUAGUAGUAUCAUUAUAACUAAGUGCCUAAGCAUCAGGCUUAAAUUUUCAAGGCAGCUAGAGCUGCAGUAAAGACUAUGAUGUAAAAACAUUAUUCAUGAACUGCCUGUUUCGUGUAAUUGUUGUUGUAAAACUCUUAUGUUAGGCAGGUUUUCAUUUCUACUGCAUAUAGACCGAAGGAGGGAACAAAAGAGCAUGGUGAUAAAAGGAAUACACAAAUUGUUUCAGAA